AUGUCUCUUGAUGACAUCAUUAAACUGAACACAUCUAAAAGGGGAUCUCGUGGUCGAAGUCAACGUGGUCGAGGUCGUUUUGGCCGUGGAGGCCAAUCACGUGGCCGUGGCAACUGGAUCUAUAAAUCUUCACUUACGAUGAAGAGGGGCCAAGGAAGAGGUUCAGCCCAUUCUCGGGGAUCUAGCAGAAAUUUCCGAUCUCUCAGCAGACGACCAACUUCAGCUUCUAAAGGCAUCAGUCCUUUGAACAGGAAAACAAAUAAUCAGAAAACAAACUUUAAGAAAACAUUGCCUCAGAAGACAAGAGGGUUAGGACGUGGGAUACCUCCCUCCCGCUUCUCUGAGGGGAAGCGUCCAUUGCGUGGCAGUCGCGGUGGUCGUGUCCGAGGUGGCAGUGUCAGUUUGCGUGGAAGACGUGGAGGAAUUCAACAGAAGCAGAAACAAGCAAUCCAGGCUUUACGUAAAGCAAAAACAACUUUGUCAAAGAUAAAUGCUCAAGUGAGAAGACAUAAUUUUGUGGCUCUCAAGAGGGGACUUCCGCAGCAACAGCCAUUGCCACAGACUGGUUCACUCCAAAGGAAUACCAUCAAAUCUUCCUGGAGCAAUCGCAGCCGAAUGCGUGGGCGGGGCAGAAGUUUUCAGAACAGAUUCAUCUCUUCCAAGUUGAAUCGUAAUACCAGCAGUAGUCUGUUGUCGUUAAAAUCUAAUUCCAGUCAGCAGACGGUCAGACAAUUUGGCAGCACUACUUCUCUAAAUACUCAAGGCAGAGGCAGAAAAAGAGCGUGGCGAGAUAAUUCAGUUCAAAGAAAAUCUCCUAAAAUUAUGACAAUUAGUGUGAGCAAUGCUACCAGAAUUCAGAAUAACAGAUCCUCAAAUAUGAGACCUCAUAUAGGGACACAAAAUAUUAACUUCAGUUCAGGAAUGUUUGCCCAAGGCUCAACUGGAGUUUCCUUAAAUGAUCGUUUUACAUCUUCAGAAGGAUCAAGCAGUUCUGUUAUUGUUAACAAUCGAGAACGUAAAGUGUUUUUUUGA